AUGGUUAAGGCUAACGACAAGAAAAAGCGAGCGUACGUCAGUACCUCGUACGGGACGUACCCCGGAGCCAUGGAUGUGGACGCAGCGCAGAAGCAGGACUGGAAGAAGACGACCCAAGACAAGUCCAAUGUCACCUGCUAUAACUGCGGAAAGAAAGGGCACUACAAGCGAGAAUGCCGAAGCCCGAAGAAAGAGUGGAAGCCAGUCCCUGGAAAAGAAAUCGCGGACAUCGACGAAACCACCAAGGACGUCAUCGAAGUAGCGGCCACGAGCUACGAAGACAAGGGCAGUGAUACGGACAGUCUCGGACACGACGGCAACGGUGAAGACGAACAAGCACCGUACUCCGAACUGGUCACUGUGGACCCAGAGACAGGUCUUGCCGAAUGGGACACGGCAGGAGAAUACGCACCACCAAUUUCGAUUCUCCUAGCCUUGAGUCAGUGGGGUUUUAUAGUCAUGCAGAGGCGGGAUGGAUCGUGGACAACCGACACCUAA